AUGUGCAGCAUGCCAUCGCAUACUAGAUUAUGUGGAGGGUGCAACAAGGAGAUACUCUAUGGGAAUUGUUUGGGAGUCGAACAGAGUUAUUUUCAUCCAGAUUGCUUUCGGUGUCACUCUUGCCAUCAUCCUAUUACCGAGCGUGAGUUUUCUUUGUCAGGGAAGCAUCCAUAUCACAAAUAUUGUUUUAAAGAGUUAAGCCAUCCUAAAUGUGAAGUUUGUCAUCAUUAUAUACCUAUAAAUGGUUCUGGUUUGAUUGAGUAUAGGUGUCACCCUUAUUGGAACCAAAAGUACUGUCCAUCUCAUGAAUAUGACAAUACUGCUCGUUGUUGUAGCUGCGAAAGAUUAGAGUCUCGUGGAGAGAGAUACUUUAGAUUGGAUGAUGGACGGAUUCUGUGCUUUGAGUGCAUGGAAUCUGCUAUAACAGAUACCGGUGAAUGUCAACCUCUUUAUCAUGCUAUUCGAGACUAUUAUGAAGGAAUGCAUAUGAGAAUUGAUCAACAAAUCCCGAUGCUUCUAGUUGGGAGAGAAGCACUUAAUGAAGCCAUUGUUGGAGAAAAGAAUGGUUACCAUCAUGUUCCGGAAACAAGAGGCUUAUGCCUUUCAGAAGAGCAAACUGUCACCAGUGUAUGA